ACCACUCACCAAGCCAAGCCGCGGCAUUUCUGAACUGUUCGUUCUUAAUGAUUUCCUUUGCUUUUUUUUUUUCUUUCCAUCAUUCAUAUCUUCUGUAAUCACUCUCAAUCGGGUCUAUUGAUUGUAGCACCAUAUUGUUGUCAGCUGACGAAUUAAUUACUCUUUGAGCAUUUUCGUUUAAUUUAUCGAGAAUUGAUUCGUGCUGCUGCAUCUGUGUGUGUAAGCAAUGAUACUGUAGUUUGUUGGAGCUGCACAAAGUUUCGUUUUUCGGAACUAUGUUUCUCUUAUAAGUAAUAUGGAAACUUCUGCUGAGUUGAAUUAUGAAUUAGAAGGCAAAUUUUAGCUGCUGAUUUUCCCCAAUCAUCAUGAAUCAUGAUUGCCUGCCUGCGCCAUGUAAAAGCAAAUGAUAGUAUAUCGAUCGAAUAAUAUGAUAUUUUUGUUUAAGCAAUUCAAUCAGUAAACCAUUGAUGCUAUAUGAUUGCUUGUAUUUUGGAUUUGGUGCUUCCAUAAUUGUAAGAAAUUUCAAUCAUGGCCACUGACUAGUGAACAUUUCAGGAUCAUCUAGAGAGAACAAGACCUUGUACUUCUAAAACCUUAUAUUGCCACUAAUUAAUUAUAAAUGGCGCCGCAGGUGGCUUUAUGUUUGUAGGAUUGGGUUUACAUGGAUACAAAAAUUUGAUCACAAAUACUCGAGUUUAUUUGCUUUUUAAAAUUUUGGAAGUGGCAGAAGCAAAUUGUGCAUUUAGGAUGUUGGUAUUCCAAUAAAAUGAGUUUAUUGAUUUAGAGUAUCUGUAUCUCCACUUGACUGACAGACUGGGAUAGAGAAAAAUAAUGAAGCUGUGAAACAUUGGGGUUAAUUUGGGCUUGGAAAAUGCAUAGAAUUAAAAGGCAUAGGGACAUGAAAAAAUAUGAUAGUGUGCAUUUAGAUUUAGACACCGCUAUCAUUCUCGUAUUGAACCUGUGAAUUUUGUUAUGAUCCUAUGUGAUCUAUAAUACAGUUUCUCCUUCACAGUGUGGAAAUGGUGGCAUUCAUGUGUCACUAAUGCGAUAAACUUUUUAUUGGUAGUUAAAAGUUAUGUUGUUUAGUGCACAAUUUACAGAUUUAGGUAGCUUUACUGAAACUUCUAAGGAACACUUGUACUGAACUUUUUUUUGUUUCUUCAUCUUUCAUGUUUCCUGUUUCACUCGACCAUAUAACAUGCAAAUGUUCUUUAUACUUGCCAGUAGUUUGGAUUGUGUAUAGUACUUCGUUCUUUUUUCUGAUAUUAUGCAUCUUCUUUACUGGGUUAGGUUAACUUCUGGUUGUUCACAAUAUGAUAAACCACAAAGUAUUCUCUCUUUUUCAGGACACAAGUACAGAAUUUACUGUAAGACUUGAAAUGGACUCAGACAGUAUUGAAGACAAACCCUCUUCAGUUGAAAAUGCCAUUCAUGGUGAAUUAGAGUCUGAAUCAAAUAAUGUUGAUUCACUUGAAGUUGUAUCUUCUGGUGGAGACACUAUGCGUGAAGUAGAAAGUGUAGCAGAAAAUUUAACAAAAGUUGAGUUAGAUAUAGCACGUUCCUCCGAGAAGUUGAUUAAUUUAGAUGUACUUGUCAUGCAUGUGGCUUCAAGGGGAAGUGAUUUUGAGGCGUUUUUGGUAGAAAUUCAUACUCAGGAAGGUCCAGUGCUGAAAGCAUUAGAAUAUGACCUCCUAUCUGGGUUUUUGGACUCUGAAGUUACAGAACUGGAGAAAUUCCUAUCAGCUCUUCAUACUGAGAUUGUCAGCUCUCGCAAUGUUGUUUCUUCAUUCACGCAACUUGGUGAUACAUUUUAUGAUAUAAAAGAUAAGUUGCAUGAUUGUGAGGAUUCUUUGAAGCAGUCUUUCGAGCAGGUUACUGGCUUAAAGGAGCAAUCUGCCAACUUCCAGAGGAUCUUAUUAGCUUCUUUUGAUGAUGAAAAACGGAAAGAUAACGAAGAUGUUGGUUGUUUGGAAAAUAACAACGAUCAAAAUUUGAGUGCAAAGAUAAAAACGCAGACAGCAGAACAGCAGAAGAGUUGCUUGAGAAUGCUGGAGAAAUCUUUAGUUCGGGAAUUGAAUCUUGAGAAGAAACUAACUGAGGCAAGAGAAACUGAAGAAGAGUUAAAACUCCGGCUGCAGCAAGAAGUAUUUCGCAUGGAACAGGAAGCCGAAGAUAUAUGGGAAAGACUGUUUGAGGCAGAAAAUAGUGCAGAAAUACUCUCCGGGGUUUCUAAAGAACUAUUUGGGAGGAUCCAGAUGGCACAACUUAGUAUGAAUAGGUUGACUGAACGAGGUGGGGAGUUGAGAUCUGAACAUGAAAAUUUAAGUGAGCAAAAUAAUGAAUUGACAGAAAAGGCUUCUGAAGCUGAUGAUACAUGGGAAAGAUUGUUUGAGGCAGAAAAUAGUGCCGAAAUACUCUCCGGGGUUUCAAAAGAACUAAGUGGGAGAAUCCAGAUGGCACAGCUUAGUAUGAAUCGGUUGAUUGAACGAGAAGGGGAGUUGAGAUCUAAACUUGAAAAUUUUAAUGAGCAAAAUAAUGAAUUGACAGAAAAGGCUUCUGAAGCUGAAAAGAGAGCUGAGAUUGCUGAAGCUGAUUGUAAAAAGCUUAGGAUGUCUAACAAGGAGCUUACAACAGAUGUCAUCCACUUGAAGAGUAGCAUUACUCAUGCAACUAAUCAGGUGGAACAAUUGGAGACACAAUUGAAGGAUUCUGAGAUUAAGCGAGAUCAUGCCGUGGCAUCUGCUGAAGCUAGUCAAGAGAAGCAAUCCAUGUUAGAUUGCAUAAUCAAGGACAUGGGAAACUUAAUUGAAGAUCUAAAAUCCAAGGUUCUAAGGGCCGAAAGUCAGACUGAGAGUGCUGAAGACAAGUGUAUUUUAUUAUCUGAAUCCAAUGCGGAACUGACUGAUGACAUAAAUUUUCUAACAAAUAGAGUGGAACACUUAGAAACCUCUUUGCAGCAUGCCAAUGAAGCCAAGAAUGAAACUGCAAAAGAUAUUAGGGUGCGUACUAAAUUGAUUACAGAUUUGGUGUUGCAGUUGGCACUUGAAAGAGAGCGCCUUCAUAAGCAGAUAUCAUCCUUAAUGAAGGAGAAGAAAGUUGCAGCGAGGUUCUUACAACGGGCUAAAGUAGAAGCAGUUAAGCUCUCUAAGAAUAAUAACAAGAAAGGAAGUCCUGGAAAAGAAGUUAAUGAGGAAAAUACAGGCUCUUCAGCCAUCAGUUAUGAGAUGGAGGAGGAUGAUUCAUCAAAAACCGAUGCCAAUGCAGGGCAGGAUAAUCCCCCCUCUGAGGUCGACACUACUCGAAACAUAGAUGCAAGGCAGCUGAAAUUCAAUAAUGUUUUGGUGAUAGUCCUCAUAUUUCUCAUUCCACCACUCACAGCUUUUAUGCUUUCUCAGUGAGUUAUUCAAACUUGAUUGUGUUGGUGUUAUCCUUGGACCGGAGGUGUUCUCUCAGUUAAGCCGAUAUUGGAUGAUUAAAAUUGUCAAGACUGUGUUCCCGUUGAGGGAGGAACCAAUACCUUUUCCGUGCGACAAGGGAAACAUGCCUUUGCAACAAGAGCUUUCAUGUUGGAAUAUGGGAAGAAGAAUCUCCUAUAAAUGUACUACUCCAUAUGUUUUUUGGCAGUUUUGUAACUGACACACUUUAUAAGCACCUCUCAAAAUCUGAUGUAAAUCAAGAGCUAAAUGAUGGUGAGGCCAGCCUCUUCUUCGUUUUCCUUUA